CUGUUGGGGCAGUUGCCGAAGGCUUAGCUAGUUGACUUUCAACAGCUGACACAGGGCUGGAAGUGUGGCGACGCACUUUAAUGGCCUGAGAGACACGCUGUACCUUAUUUACUUUGACAGAAAACAUGAAUUUCGUCAGAUCUCGCCUUUCCAUCGGCAACUUUAUCGGUCAGAGGUGCACGCAGGUCACUGAAACAUGGAGCCACAGAGGGAUGUGCAAUAAACCACAGGAGGUCAAAGCAGAGCCCCCUCUGACUACAGCCCCGGCACAAGCAACUCGUGCCGGUUUCCGAGUCCCAGGCUACAGACCCUCAGGGAUGGACAGGAGGACACUGAUUUGGGCGGGACGCUUUAAGACAGCGGACCAGAUACCAGAGAUCAUCUCGUUUGAGAUGAUUGAUGCUGCCAGAAAUAAAGUCAGAGUGAAAAUCUGCUAUAUGAUGAUGGCCGCCACAAUAGGGGCCUGUAUGGUGAUGGUCAUCAUGGGCAAACGGGCUGCAGGCAGGCACGAGUCGCUGACGAAACAAAACAUGGAGAAGAAGACAAGAUGGAGGGAGGAACUAGAGAAAGAGAGGGAGGCUGCUGUCGCCCUGUCGGAGAAGGCUCAGUGAUGGAGGAAAACAAAGCAGCUUCGUCAUUUUCCUCCAAAUAUUGAGCCUGCCGGUCCUCCUUCUUACUACAUGUGAACACAACUUCUCUCCACUUCCAUCACACCGAGAGACCAGUAGUUAUCUGCGUGUUUCAUUCUUACCAGUACCUGUUGCAGCCUGGAGGUUGACCUUCACAGAGCAAGUACGGAUCAUUUGAAUAAUUUUGACACCCAGUGUAAGGUUUUAUCUUUUCAGUCAAUGUACUGAGGUAAUAAAAUGACACCUGUUUCACUUAAUGUUUUUGUUGGUAGUGUUUGGUCGCCAGAGCAGAGUGGUAACUUUAGUGUGAUGCAACCUGGUACUGUAAUGGAGGUUUUAGGAUUUUCUUCUUUUUUUUUAAAAUAACAAAUUGUUUUUACUACACAGUGAAACAAUGAUUUCGGGUUAAGAGAUCUGUUAAACAGAUGCAACAAUGUCUAUUUCCCAUUGGGAUCAAUAAAAUGCUUCUAGUGAACCUUCACAUACCUCUCAAACUCUCCAACAUAAAUGCCUUAGGUAACCUUUUUUCCUCUCAGAGGCAACAGUGCUGUUUAUUGGCCCCUAAAGGGAUUUAAAUGAUCUUCUUUUAAGAGAGCAUCAAGAAGUUGAAUCAGGCACAAUCUGCAUCGCAGCCUGUACUGACCUGAUACUCCUGUAAUUUGGCUGGUUUGUUCAUGACUUAUGUGAUAUCUACGUUUGUAAAUAGUGAGCACCAAAAAACAUCAAAUCAAUAAAGUAAUCUGUCUUGAGA